AUGGUCACUGCGAAGAGUCUUGGCGGUACGCCGCCUGUCAAAUCUCUGCACAACACACUCCAAGGACAGACGACUGCGUCUUUCACGGAUCAAAGCGGCUGUACAGCAAUCUCAGCAUACUAUGGCAAACGACCACGAGCAGGUGCAGCAAUUCUGCCACCCAAUUGGUCGUUCCAGGUCUACGUGACGUACGGUGCCAUUGCGCAACCGGCUCUAGAUCUGCCUGAACGACUUCUCACAGCCAUCAAAGCACCAGUCCUGGACUCCUAUCCUCUGCGCCUAGAUGUCCGCUUUGCCCCCAGUGCAAGCGUCGAGACUUGCGUGGAGCACUAUCGCGCAGAUAAAGCUGCUAGGCUAGAAGCAGGAGCCCCAUUACAAGUACUGGACCACUACCAAGAAUCGUAUACGAAGCUCAGCGUCUUUGUUCAGAUAGAGCACGAAGACUGGAAAGCCAAAGGAGCGGCGGUGGUGUCGUUUGACAUGACUUCGGGCUUAGAUGAUGAAGGCGACUCUCCUCAAACCUCCAUCCAGCGCGAUGUGCAAUGGGGUGAUUUGAGGAGAGCUUCAGGCAACCCAGUCUUUGAACCUGCUGCAUGA